CUGCUCACUGUGUCUGCGCUCGUGCGUCUCUCUCAGUGAGCGCUGAAACUCCAGCGGAGAGCAGCCAGCCUGCAGCCACGGCCGCCCCUCAAACCCGGGCUCGUUCCAACUUUUAGCGCCAGACGAAAGAAAGCUCCCCGCACCGACCCCCGAACCCCUCCUCUAUCUCUCUCUCUCUCUGCCGAACCGGCCCGACUUUUUUUGAAACGCGCCGUAAAACGCGGGCAGGCGAAAUGGGAGGAAAGUGUUUGCUUGCUCACUGAAGUUGUUGGAGGUUCUCCCUGUGGAAGAGGAAGAGAGAGGUGGCGGCGGCGGACACCACGAGUUCACUCUCACAGUUAAAAGGAGUGAGCUCAGCCUUCCAACCAACCUCCCCCCCACUCGCUGGGCUAAGAUGAGUAUUACCAGCGACGAAGUGAAUUUCUUGGUCUACCGAUACCUCCAAGAGUCAGGUUUUACCCACUCAGCAUUCACCUUUGGCAUCGAGAGCCACAUCAGCCAGUCCAACAUCAAUGGAACACUAGUGCCCCCUGCUGCCCUCAUCUCCAUCCUGCAGAAAGGGCUUCAGUACGUUGAGGCAGAAAUCAGCAUUAAUGAGGAUGGCACCGUCUUUGACGGUCGGCCGAUCGAGUCCCUGUCUCUUAUCGAUGCGGUGAUGCCCGACGUGGUGCAGACGCGGCAACAGGCCUUCCGCGACAAGCUAGCCCAGCAGCACGCUGCCUGCGCCGUCUCCGCUUCAACCUCAGGAAACCAGUCUAACGCACCAAAGAAUGGAGAAGCCACCGUUAACGGAGAGGAGAACGGCACUCACAACAUGAAUAACCACAGCGAGGCCAUGGAGGUGGACGGAGAUGUUGAGAUACCAGCAAGUAAAUCCACAGUUCUCCGAGGCCACGAGUCCGAAGUGUUCAUCUGCGCCUGGAACCCUGUCAGUGACCUGCUGGCCUCAGGCUCGGGCGACUCCACGGCUCGGAUCUGGAACCUGAACGAGAACAAUGGCUCCAGCUCCACCCAGCUGGUUCUCCGCCACUGCAUCCGAGAAGGUGGCCAGGAUGUCCCCAGCAACAAAGACGUCACUUCACUGGACUGGAAUAGCGAGGGGACUCUCCUGGCGACGGGCUCGUAUGAUGGAUUUGCCAGGAUAUGGACAAAGGACGGAAAUCUGGCCAGCACCUUGGGGCAGCACAAAGGGCCCAUCUUUGCACUCAAAUGGAACAAGAAGGGGAACUGUAUUCUCAGUGCUGGCGUAGAUAAGACGACAAUCAUCUGGGAUGCAAAUACAGGAGAAGCCAAGCAGCAGUUUCCUUUCCACUCAGCUCCUGCGCUGGACGUCGACUGGCAGAACAACACCACGUUUGCCUCCUGCAGCACAGACAUGUGCAUCCACGUGUGUCGCCUCGGCAGCGACCUCCCACUCAAGACCUUCCAGGGUCACUCGAACGAGGUCAAUGCCAUUAAGUGGGAUCCAUCAGGAACGCUGCUCGCCUCCUGCUCCGACGACAUGACCUUAAAGAUCUGGAGCAUGAAACAGUCGCUCUGCAUCCACGACCUCCAGGCUCACAGCAAAGAAAUCUACACAAUCAAGUGGAGCCCGACCGGGCCAGGCACAAAUAACCCCAACUCUAACAUGAUGCUUGCUAGUGCAUCUUUUGACUCGACAGUGCGACUGUGGGACGUGGAUCGAGGGGUUUGUAUACACACCCUGACCAAGCACCAGGAGCCUGUCUACAGCGUGGCCUUCAGCCCAGAUGGCAAACACCUCGCCAGCGGCUCCUUUGAUAAGUGCGUCCACAUUUGGAACACCACGACUGGAGCCCUGGUUCACAGCUACAGGGGCACCGGUGGCAUUUUUGAGGUGUGCUGGAACAGCACAGGAGAUAAAGUGGGAGCCAGUGCAUCAGACGGCUCGGUUUGUGUACUCGAUCUCCGAAAAUAGCCCCCGCCUCAUGAAGGAUGAUGGAUCCAGAAAAAAAUGCAGAGAUUUGCCUUCUUUGGACAUCGGCGAACGCACUCUCCUCGCUCAAGAAGGGCUGUAACGGCGGACUGAAAUGAACCCCUCACAGGACCUCAACCAGAUGACGGCAGCAGCUCGAACACCAACUAAAUUCAUUGCACCUUAAUGUCGAUGUGUGUUUUUUUUUUUUUUUUUUAAUGAUGAGCCUGAGAGAGGAUGGAAACUGGCUUAGAAAGCCCUCAAAGUGGAUCUGACUCCCUCCCGGGCGCAUCGACGUAUUAAAAGGUUUCUAACGAGGACGUGCUGGGGUCCCCGCAGGCUGCAGGUCCAGCUGUUAUUGAGCUGGAAGAGUGGAAACACAAAAGAUGAGUCAAGUUUUCUACAGAACGAAGGGGAAAUGAGAGACAGGUGUUCGUGGCUGGGAGACGCAACAAAAAUGACACGCAAAGGCUUAUAGUUCCUCCUUGGAAACGCGACUUUAUGUCCAAACGAUCGAAACGGGCGAGAAGACGAAAGCGAGCGAUUAUCACCAGAGUCCGCCGACGGGGGUUCCUAGCUUCUCCCCCUCGGAGGAGUAAGUCUCCACAGUCCUUGUUGCUUCUUCAGCGUCAUCCGCAGACGGGACUUCUGAGAGUCAGAUUGAAUGUGCCGCUACGAGGUAGAUCCUAGUUCCUUUUUUUUUUUUUUUUUUAUAGCAGGUCAACAAGAGGAAAUCUUGCCAAGUAAUCACGCUAACGCCCUGAAACGGCCUGUUUUUGUAAAAACAAAAAAAUAAUAAAAAAAAAUAAAAGAACUAGAUGUGAAAAUUGUGGUUUACAAAGAGAAUCUUUCUCCCUUUUUUUUUUUUUUUUUUGGAUGUAAAUUUCAAGAAUGUAAAGAUGUGUAAAUCAGAUGAAAACACAGACUUAUAUACUGUGUAUAUAUGUUUAUAUACAGUACACUUUAUCGCUAGCGACAGGGGCUCUUUUUAUCGGCGGGAGCCGUCGGAUCUUCGCUCUCAGUUUAACAACAAAUUUGCAUGUCUUGUCGCCCUCUUUCAUGGCAGUCUUUCUAAACACGGUCGGCUAUAUAGCAGUCUUUUUUUUUUUUUUUUUAAUGAGGUGGGAAAUAAAAUCAUGGGGUGCGAUCUAUUAAUUACCCUAACGUGUCUUCUGCUGACUGCUGGAUGCCUUCAGGGGGUUAACUUGUCCAAAAUAAGGGAGGGGAACGGUCACCAGUCUCCUCCGUGGUUUGCUGAUUGAGUUAAUUUGACAGCUUAUUGCCAAUAAAUCCAGCCUGUGAGGGAAUCCACCUGAUUUAAAUGAGUUAUGACGGCUUAAUUAGCUCCACGUUUCCUCUGCGGCACUCUAAGGAAGUCUAGCUGCAGGACAUUUGGACAUUUCAACCAGAGGGUAGAGUUCAUGAAAAAGGCCUGCUGAAAACGAGAGCCUUUUUCUUUUUUAAUGCUGUUUUUAUUUUAUUUUUUUUAAAAAGUUGGUUUAAAAUUCAUUUAAAAUUCCGUGACGUGGACGGCGAUUGAGUAAUGCAGGAUUAUUUCACUUCUUUUCGCCUCCCUUUUUAUUGAGCUCUUUCACAUUGUCGGCAUUUUCUGCUGCAGCGACAUGAAGUGCACUUUCUGUGAUGCUCCGAUGUUUUUAUUUUUCUUUUCUUUAAAUGUUUUUAACGAUUGGAUUGUAAAAGGUGUUGCAAAGCUUUUUUUUUUCCUUUCUUUUUUUUUUUUCUGAGAGCCAUUAUUGUCUGUGUCAGACUGAGAUUUGGGCUGUGUCUCUAGGGGGAGGGGAGUGACCAUUAUCGGCAUGCCAAGAAGCCCAAAAAAAAGGGGGCUGACAGCUAUUUUCUCUCUUGUACCUCGAUCAAGGGCGCUGUCACCUGUUUCCAAUACAAAACUUUGAAGUCAUUCAUUGUUUCAAAUAAAUUACUAUAUUUUGAUAUUUGAAAACA